AUGCCCUCAAUGACAGCCGUCAUCCUGCACACCCCUGGGCCCCCAGACAGUCUCAAACUCACUCACCACCCCAUCCCAAUCCCCAAACCAGGUGAACUCCGCAUCAGAAUCAAAGCAUUCGGCCUCAACCGCUGCGACCUUCUUACCCGACAGGGCCACCACACCAUCACCUAUCCCCGGAUCCCCGGCAUCGAAGCCGUCGGCAUCGUCGAUGCAGCCCCGGGCCUAGAACACAUCUUCCCGCAGGAUAGCAUCGUAGCGACCGCCAUGGGCGGGAUGGGGACUGUUUUCGACGGAGGAUACGCAGAGUACACGUGCGUUCCGGCGGGGCAGACACAGCUCCUGCGGCCAAAGACGACUUUGCCAUGGGAGAUUCUCGGAGCAAUCCCGGUGAUGGUGUCCACGGCGUGGGGGGCGCUGAUUCGGUCGCUGGGGCUUAAGGCCCGGGACCGGUUGUUGAUACGUGGGGGGACGACGGCUGUGGGGCUGGCGGCCGCUGCGAUUGCGAAGGUGCACGGGGCGUAUGUGGCCAGUACGACGAGGAAGAAGGAGCGGGAGACGAUGUUGCUUGAGAAUGGGGCGGAUCGGGUCUGGAUUGAUGAUGGGGCGGUUGCGGAGCAGAUUGGGGCGGCUGGCUCGGGGGGUUCCUAUGAUAAAGUGCUUGAGCUGGUGGGUGCGGCUACUUUGGCUGACUCGCUGCGGUGUGUGAAGAAAGGUGGCAUUGUAUCUCUUGUUGGCAUGUUGAGUGAGAAUGGGGAUCUGGAGACGGUGGAUCUGAUGGAGAUGAUCCCCUCUGAGAUCAAGCUGACGGUGUACCGGGGGACGUCUGAGGAUUUCAUGAGCACGCCAUUGGAUGCAGUGCUGAGGCUGCUUGAGCAGGGAAGUUUGAAACUCAAGAUAGGACGAGUGCUGCGGAUGGAACAGAUUGUGGAGGCUCAUCGGUCUGUUGAGCGUGAGCCCCCUUUACCCCCGUCGGAUAUACACCUUCUGCUCCGAGUGCUGGCCAUUGAGGACUUUUGUCGGUACAAGUACAUCAUUUACACAGAGGGGGUAACCUACUCUGGAAGGCUGCCCUUCCAUCAGGCUUGCCGCUCCAUCAUUCUCAAGCCGCCCAUGGCAUGGAUGCUGUACACAACACAUCUCGUACGACCAUUUUUUUCGAGCACAUUAUUGCAGACAGAGCCCAGGCUGGAACCUCCCCAUCAGUCGGAUCGCAUCAAGCGAGCCUGGCCAACGGUGAUCUUCGACUGGUUCGACAUCCACCUGGGAGCAACCAUUUCGGUAUCAGUUUGUGGAAGGCGAAAGAACCACGCAAUUGAGAGGUAUGUCUUGGUCGCCGGUACCACUGCCGAGCCAGGUAAACCAGGCAUGGGCAUGGUCUGGCAACAUUUUCUCGAUAACCAGAUCGAUUACUGUGUCCUGCGCCCAAAUUGGUUCAUGGAGAACCUCGCAGAAGCGGUUCCAUGUGCAGUGAUUCGCAAUCAGAGCAAGAUCUAUACAGCCUGCGGCGACGGCAAAAUCCCCUUCAUCAGUGCCAUUGACAUUGCGGCAGUCGCUUUUCGAGCCCGACAGAUCAUAAAUCACACAAUUGUGAUCGCCGCAUGCAUUUUGGGACCAGAGCUUCUCACUUAUGAUCAGAUAGCUGAGAAGCUGACUGUAAUCCUGGGCCGACGGGUCGAACAUGUCAAGAUGACAGGAGAUGAGCGGUACGAAGCGUUGGUCAAGGCUGGCGUCUCAGGCGACUAUGCCCGAUUUCUGAGUAACCUCGAGACCGCAGCAUCCACUGGCUGUGAGACUGGAAUGAGCGACAGUGGAAAAGUCACUGGACAAGCCGCAAGACGUUGUGACCAGUCUGCACGGGAGAACAAAGCUGUUUGGGAGUGA